AUGACUAAGCCUACCCAGGCUAAACCUAAUUUGACCUUUCCUGGCCAAUCUCCCCUGGCCAAACCUAACAUGACUAAGCCUCCCGAGGCUAAACCUAAUUUGACCUUCCUUGGCCAAUCUCCCCUGGCCAAACCUAACAUGACUAAGCCUCCAGAGGCUAAACCUAAUUUGACCUUCCUUGGCCAAUCUCCCCUGGCCAAACCUAACAUGACUAAGCCUCCCGAGGCUAAACCUAAUUUGACCUUCCUUGGCCAACCUCCCCUGGCCAAACCUAACAUGACUAAGCCUCCCGAGGCUAAACCUAAUUUGACCUUCCUUGGCCAAUCUCCCCUGGCCAAACCUAACAUGACUAAGCCUCCAGAGGCUAAACCUAAUUUGACCUUCCUUGGCCAACCUCCCCUGGCCAAACCUAACAUGACUAAGCCUCCCGAGGCUAAACCUAAUUUGACCUUCCUUGGCCAAUCUCCCCUGGCCAAACCUAACAUGACAAAAGCCUUCCGAGGCUAA